AUGGGCCUCGCUUGCAGCAAGAGCGCUUUCAUCGACGCUACUAUCCCCGUCCGCGCCGGCGGCAAUCUCAAGAAGAACAAGGGCGAAUACCGGAGUGUGAGCACGCCACCCCGCCCACCCCGGGUUCCACCACGGAGCAAGAAGCCACGAUUUUCCUUUCCGUCGGGCUGCAGCAGCAGCAGCAGCGGGCACACCACAAGGCUGAACAGCGACGGCCUACAAAGUCACAGCGUCAGCGGGGGCGUCGAGAAUGAUGCCGUUUCGGGCACCCUGGACGUGGCGUCCGUACGGGAUCAGGGCAUCGUGGUGCUAGUGAGAAUCAGGCCGGUGUCGCGGUCCGAGCAAGGGCAGCGAUGCUGUCUUCAGGUUCAGGGGCCGACACAGCUGCACGUCCCGGCCAGCAAGACCACCGCGUCGGAAAAGACUUGUACCUUCGACGCCGUCCUGCCGCACACGACCACCCAAGAAGAGGUGUAUCGGGUGGCCGGGCCGAAGCUGAUCCAGAACCUUCUCCAGGGUUUCAAUGCUACCAUGAUAGCGUACGGCCAGACGGGGUCUGGGAAGACGUUCACGAUGGAGGGGUCUGACCAGGAGCCCGGCGUGAUCCCUCGACUGUGCAAAGGGCUGUUCGAGGCGAUAAGUGCACUGGGUACCGAGAAGGACGUGACGGUGGUGGCAUCGUACGUCGAGCGCCCCACUCAUCCUACUCCCCUUUCCCUCGGGCAACGUUUCAUCAACUAUCGGGGUCUGUACGCCAAACACAAACACGGUUGCGGCGGCGGCGGCGAUGUGUUCCACCGCGGCGUUACUUUCGACGACGACGACGACGUUACGAAGAUCUACAACGAGAACGUCGUAGACCUCCUCACCGACCCAUCCGCAAGAAUUAAUUCGGCUGACAGUCCCGUGAAGAAGAAGACGUCUCCCAGAGCCAGGCAGGGGUCUAACUCGGUGUCCCCUACGGUGUCGCCGCCGGCGGGGGGCGGCGGCGGCGGCGGCGGCGGAGUGUUUUCGGAAGGGAAGGGCAAGCCCACGAUUCGCGAGAACAAGGACGGAGUUUACGUCGAGAACGUCACGGAGGAGAAGGUGCAAAGCGAGGCCGCCGUGCUGGGUCUGCUGGCUAGGGGCUCCACCGUACGGAGCAAAGGAGAGACCCAGAUGAACGCUGCGUCCAGCCGUUCCCACGCGGUCCUGACACUCUCCAUCAUCCAAUCCGUGCUCAACGACGACGACGACGGGGGCGGCGGCGGCGGCGGCGGAGAAGAAGCGGCGGCAGACUUAGGAACCAUUCGCUCCAAGAUUAGUCUCGUGGAUUUGGCCGGGUCGGAGAGGGCCAAGUCCACCGGGGCGGCCGGCCAAAGACUCAAGGAAGGCGCUCAGAUCAACAAGAGCCUCAGUGCUCUAGGAAACGUGAUCAAGGCGCUCACUUCAUCGGGGGGUACCACGCACGUGCCGUACAGAGACAGCAAGCUCACGAGGUUACUCCAGGAUUCCCUCGGGGGAACCGCCUACACCGUGGUGUGCUGCAACGUGAGUCCCAUCGAGGCCAGCGAGCCGGAGACGCUGAGCACUCUCCGCUUCGCCGAGCGGCUCAAGAAGGUAAAGAACAAGAUGGUCGUUCACAUGGACGCCCGUUCCAGAGAGAUCCUGUCCCUCAAGCGCGAGAACGCCGACCUCCGCGCGAAGGUCGAACAGCUGGAACGGAUGAUGGUGAUAAACGGCGGGGGGGCUGGGGCUGGUCCCCGUUCGUGGAACGGUUCUGGGAACGGUGCUCCAAGCACGAGCCCCACAAACACAAGCACAGCGACGCCCCCGCCAGCUAGCAGCGGAAAAAUCAAUGGGUCGAGACAAUGUUCGCCAGUCAAUGGCCGCAAAGUCCCCCCCCCCGUACCACCGCGUCCUGUGACGUAG